CUAUCAUGCAGACAGUAAAUUAGUUAUAAACCUUUAAAUGUUCUAUAUUUUGUUUGUUUCCAGUGAGUCUGACUCUGACGAAGAAGUAACUAUUAUACAGAAAAAGCUUUCAGGGGAGAGAACUGGUGGAAAGAGUGAAAAUCACAGCUCUAGUGACGGCAGUAGUCCUGGCAAUAUGUCAAGUUUUCAGUCUAGAAAUCGUUCAAAUCUUGGAAGUUAUGAUCAGUGUGAAGUAUACAAGACACAAAAAGGCCAUGCUAAAGGUGACAGAUUUGAUUCGUUUCCAGCUUCACAGGAUAUGUUUGCAGAAACAGCUGAGCAGGACAGUCCAUCUACGCCUUCAGAACACUUGGGCAGUCUUCAGUUCUCUCAGAAACCCAUGUUGGUACCUGAAACUGUUGAAGAAACUUUAAACGAGAUUCCUCCAUCCCCAGGUGUGUAUGGUUCCACUCCUAUCAUAAUACCAAAUUCACCUACACAAGAAACUGGGAAUCAGAGCUUUCUCCUGGAAACAGGGGACCAAGAUAAGGAGGAAGCUGGGAGCCAACAUAAGGAAAGUUCAGAUGAAGGGAACCAGACUGUUUUUGAUAUAAAUGCUGCAGAAACCUUGGCAAGUCAACCUCAGGUUGACAGUUUUCUUGAAGCAGCAAAGGAAAGUAGCCAGAAAGAAUAUCAAAGUUCACAGGUAAUGAUACAUAUUUCCAGCGCAAGACUGAUUAAAGGUAAAGUUAAAAGUUUAGAGGAGGAUGAAAGACAAAAAGAUAAUUUGUCAUCAGAAUCUGUUCAGAUAAAUUUCUCCCAAGGCACACUAAACGUGCCAGACAAGGGAAGCAGUAGAAAAGUUCUCAGGGUGCGAUCAGUCCAGCAAGAAAGAGGGGGUUUACGUCCACUUAUCUCCUCCCAGAAGUUACAAGCUCCGGAGAAUUCUAACAGUGAACGAGAAGUCAUUAUUAUACCCAGUGGGUCUGCUUCUAUAAAUUCACAGAAAGAAGUUGAAGGGUCUGAUAAUUUGAUGUUACGUCUGACACAAUCAGAAUGUACAAUGGAAAACAGUCAGUCCCAGAAAAAUAAGGUAUCUGGAUCAAGGUCACAAAUGGUAGAACACAAGAAACAGGGAUCACAGGAAUCCAGAUCACAAGACAAAGGUCAAAGAGAAGGGUCACAGAGUUCAAGGUCUCGUCAUCAAAGUUCAGGAAGUGGGUCAGGGUCACAAAAGAAGAAGAAAUCCGCAAGAGAUAAACAUAUUGAACAUCUAAAUGAUAAUCCAUUGAUAGAGUGGAAGAAUGAAAGUGAUACAGAAAGGAAACAAGAAAUGAGUGUGAAGUCAAGCAACAGAUUUUCAGAUGAGUUUCACCUUGAUGUACCUGUUGUGAUGUCAUCUAAAGAACCAGAGGUUGCCAUGGUUACAGAUAAACCUUCUCUUGCCAUAGAAACAGAGAAACCAGUGUCACAAGUCAUAGCUUCAAAUACUCAACCACAAGCAGCACAGAAAACGGAAAAACUUGUAAACAGUGAAGACUUGGUAGCUAUGUCAACUGGAGAACCAGACAAACUGUCUAUUGGUAUGAUACAGUCACAGUCUGAGCAAACGGAACCUGUCUUCAAAUUACAAAAGCCCCAGAUAGAGGAGUUAAAUAUACUUGAUGAAAGUGAAGAUGUGUUUCCCAGGAGGACUGGUAAACCAAAAGGCCAUUCAAGAUAUAUCCUUGAAGAUAGUGACGAGGAGUUUUGUGACCAUCCUACAACAGGAGAUACAGUGAAGCUGACUAAAACAACUGAUAGUUGUACAGGAAUGGAAAAAGAUGAACCUCUGGUGGCAACAAAACUUGACAUGUAUAUGGGACAUGAUGAUGGUAAUGAAGAUACCCAGUCUUAUCAAGCAAAUAUUGACUUACAGACAGAUGUGAAUGGUAAUAAUGAACAAAAACAAAGUAAGACCCAUGACACCGGUUCUGUAGUGUCUGGUAAUAAUCAAGGUUCAUCUAGAAUGAGGAGACUAACAGAAAGUUCUACACAGACUGCUGAUAGCAAGGUGGAAACUUUUGAAAAUGUGGAUAUAAAUGUAGUACAAAAAGUUGCUGAUUAUUUACAAUCAGGCCUUCACUCUAGAAGUAGGUCAAACAGCACGUGCACAGAUCUCUCUGACUUUCAUGGUGAUGGGUCUGAUAAAGGAGAUAAUGUGAUGAAAACACCUCAACGGAAAGACAGGUUGGAUAAGAUAAAAACUCCAACUUCACUGUCCAGAAGAGAAAGUGCCGACCAAAGAAGUCCCAAAAGUCCAUCUGAAAUACAAACUAUUAUACGGACAUAUUCGGAUAUCCUGAAGAAACAAAAGCAUAAGCCUAAGAAAGAUGAUAAACUGUUACCCAGCUCGCAGAAACCUAACCCUAUAGCAAGUGAGGAAACUGGUAAAGUCAGUCUGGUUCCCAGGAGACUAAGCUCACAAUCUUUACCUGAGGACUUAAUUAGAGGUAAACAAGGGAGCAGGACACCAAAUAGUAGUGCCUUUGAUCCCUGGAUGACUGCAAGAAAACCCCAGUCUCAAUUAACAGUUGAGAGUGAUACAAAGUCAGAUAAAAUUAGUGACAUGAAUAGCCAGAGAGAUAAUUCAAACCACAGUGAAACAGGUGUCACACAAGACUUAAGUAAAUCAUUUAAGCCACAUAAAGAAGUAGAUAAUGUCUCAUAUCAUAGUGAACCUAUUGUGAUAUCACAAGAUAGUGAUGUAAUAUUGGAGACUGAAUUAGCUUUAGCAAAGUCAGAAAAGAGAAAUAAUAGAUCAGACCUCACAAAAAAAAGUUCUUUAAAACUGAAUUUGAAUAAAGAAGAAAAAAAAUCAGAUGAACAGUGUAGUGAUAUAAGGGAAAAAUCUGCUUCAGAGAUGUUACAUCUAACUCCAGACACGCGUAAGAAUGGUAGUACUAAAAAUUCUCCGCCUUUCCUUACAUUAGAAAGGGUGGAUUCACCAAAAAAGAUCUCUGAAAAAUCCAAUUUACUGUGCAUCGAUAUUCCUGUGGGAACUGAAAAUAAAGAUUUUAUGCACAAUGAAGAUAACGAUAUGUCGAAACUAGGUAAUCAAAAUGUGCUUAGUUUAAAACCAAAAGAUACCCUGAUUAUCAAAGGUGCUGUAAAUGAACAAAGUGAUUCACAUGAGACUUCUGAAACAAGAAAAAAUACAAGAAAGAUUGAUCAAAACCCUUCUACUAGUGUUGCUACCCUUCAAAGAGAUGAUACACAAGUAUUGAGAGAAACCAGGCAGUCUAAAAAACCAUAUUAUGCAAGAUCUUUGAGAAACAAGAGAAAAGUGAAAAGACGAUUAUCUGCCGAGAAACGGAAUAUCUCACGACGUAGGACCUCCAGUCUCAGUCCGACCUUAUUGUCAGGUAGUAGCCCUCCACUUGUGUCUUCCAGGGUCAGUCAACAGACUAUAUCUGACACAUUUGUGGCAUCAACACAGAAAUUCUCACCUAGUAAUAAUAAUAAAGAUGAUAUUUAUGGAUUUCAUGGUACCGAGUCACAGCCAUCUCCAGAAAAAGCAACUACUCCAGGGAAAACGCCUCUGUCAACCAGGAAAAGAACUAGAACUCAACAUAAAAAGUCUGGCUUAAAGAAACAACGCCAUGAAAUAGAUGAUACUGAGACCAGCUCAGAGAACAAACAUCAUGUAACAUUUGAAACCAGUCAUAGAAUAUCCAGCCAAGGCAGUGAUACAACAGUGACUACGAUUGGUUCAUUACAAUCAAUUCCAUCCUCCAUUAGCCAAUCAAGUCCAAAGAGAGAUACAAUAGUAUCACCAAGUAGUAGUAGCUCUAGUAGACAGAGUGUUUCUGAGGGAACCACUACUAGAAUGUCAGGGAAACGAAUGUCAAUAGAUCAGGCAUUACCAGAUACAUUACCUCUAACACAUAGUGAGGAGGAUAAUUAUCAGAAAGUCACUGUAGUGAUAGAGAAAGUGGAACGUGUUUACAGGGAGAUAACUACAACUAGGAAAGUUAUAGGUGCACAGGGGCAAGUUCUAGAAAAUACACAAGAUGUGAAACGUCUUGAUCCUGUCAUUGUUGAAGAGAACACUCACAAAAAAAUUCAGUAUGUAUAUAUACCGUCACCUUCAAGAAGUGUGACCUCAAUGACCUCUGGUGACCUUGCUGAUGUCAGCUCCUCUCUCUCAAGGUCAAGUGUAUCUAGCGGUAGUUUGGGGUCAAAGGUUGGAUCAUUGUCCUCCAGUCUUGAGAAUAGACUUCCUGGUGUUGGCAAGCACCUAGAGACACAGACUAGUCUGGAUCAAUCACAUCCUGAUCAUAUUCACCUGGAAGCUAAAUCAUCUGAGUCAUUAGAAGCUGUUUCUGAAAAGUCUCACACUUCUGAAGUAAUGGCAGCUCCAUCAUCUGUUCCUAGACCAAGGUAUCCUAGAUCUGUCUCAGCAGAUAAAAGUUCCGACAAGCCAAGUUCUGCUGGUAAAAUUAGACGACAGUACAGUCUUACCACGGAGAACCAGUCUAACCUGGCUGGUACCCAGCAUCAUACACCUGACAUACAAAAUACAAGACAACAAACAUCGGGAACCAGUCAUGAACCAGUGAACCAGCCUAAACCAGAAACACCUGUAGUUCAUUCUGACCAGGAAGUUUCAGAUGUACAGACACCAUUGGGUUCAACUAUCAACAAGACAAGUAGUUAUUUACACAGUAGAACUAGCAGUGUAGAAAGUCCUAAAGCUUCUGAUUCCCUGUUCUCUACAAGUUCUGAUGAUAAUAAGAAAUCAACAUCCAACCUCCAUAACAUUAGAUCACAAAAGAAAAUAGACGAAGAUUCUAGUACAGAUAAUUCUACCAAACAAAGUAACUCCAGUGAUCAUGUUAGCUCAGAGAUUCCAGAUCAGGAACAACUUGUAAGUUCAUCAAGUACACCUGAAGAAUCAGUUGCUAUAGUAACCAGUGAUGGGAAAAUUGGAUCAAGAGUAAUGGGCAAAUGGAAAGAUGGUUUCUUUUAUCCAGGAACACUUAAGUCAACUGCUGAUAGAUAUACCAAAUAUUCUGUACACUUUGAUGAUGGAAGUAAGCUGUCAGUGAAAGCAGCAGAUAUUCUACUGGUAGAGAGACUGCCACUAGGUCAGAGUGUGAUGGUAGCUACAGAUGAUGGCGACUUUGUGAGUGGUCUUCUCACCAAAAUAGAAGGUGAUGUCUACAUUGUAGAAACUGAUGAGGGAACUUCGAGCAGGUAUACAUUAGGUGAGGUAAUUCUGUCAGGUGAUCAGGCAGCUUGUGUUAUAUCAGAUCAUGGUAACGAUGUAUUGUUACAACAUCAACCAACAACUGGUCUACCAGCAAAUGUCGGGGAUGUUAGUCUAGAAAACUUGCUAGAUGCUCCAAGGAGAUCUGCUAAGAAAGGUUCUGCCACAGAGGUAAAGAUUGAAGAGGAAGGUCAAGGUCAAAGUGGCAGAGGUCGUAAAAGAAAACUUGACACCCUGCAACCCCAGGCAACAAGUACACCAACACCUAAAGGAAAGAUGGAGAGUAAAAUCUCCAAAAGAAGGAAAUUGUUGUCAGACAGUCCAAUAUCUGGUAUUCAAUCAUCUCCUGUCACUGUUGGAAAAUCACUGAGGAAAACAAGAGUUGGUUUAUUUGGACGAGAUCUUGGACCAGUCCCUACUAAGAAGAUCUUCAAAAAUAUGCAUUUUCUACUGACAAAUGUGGAAAAGACCAAAGAACAGAGUGAGCAGGAGAAGAAAUUGAUACAGAACACGUCUCUAGAUACCUCAACUGAUGAAAGUGCUGCUGAAGAGGAGGCAAGUGUCCCGUUUGACAAGGAACAUCUGAAGCAGCAGAUAGAAGCUGGGGGUGGUACUGUUCUAGAAAGUCUCGAUGAAAAUCUCGUUUCCAAGGGUAAAAGAAAAAUAAUACUAUUAUCAUCAACAUAUCAGCGGACGAUUAAAUACUUGCAAUGUUUAGCUGGCGGUGUUCCUUGCCUGUCUCAUAUGUGGGUCAUAGACUCGUGUUCUCAGGAUAAUUUAUUAGAUGACAAGUCAUAUGUGUUACCAGCUGGUAUAAGUCUAGAGAAGAGGAAAAUCAUGGAAUGGAGAAAGAAGAAUAAUGUGUUUCAAGGCAUAAAGGCUGUGGUAUAUUCUAAAAACAAUAAGUUUGUUGAGUCAUGGACUCAGAUCCUAUCACUGUCCAAAUGUCACGUGCAUAAACAGGUACAGUAUAGUGAUGUACAUGUGAUAGUAACUGAUAACACGUGCACACCAGCUAUACAGAGGGCCGCGGAGAAUGCAUCUAUACCUCUUGUAGGUACAGAAUGGGUAAUUCAGUGCCUAGUUAAUGGUAGAUUGAUGUCUUACACCGGACAUUCAAGAUAUAACCAUGACUGCUGGUCAUAGUUGACGGUUUUCAAACAAUCUGUAUUCAUCCAUCUUAGUCAUGAAAAAACCAAGCCGACAAAGUAUUAACAAUGUACUCUUUUAUAGCAAAAAUUUACUGAAGGAUGUAAUAUUUUAAAGGAGUGGAGAUGUAUUUGUGUAUGUUUUUUGACAUUUGAUCUUUGUUCACUUGUGUAAUGUACAGACCAGUUGGCCAGGGAAACUCACAGAAAGAUAUUAUCCAUGCAAUUCCUGUUGUAGGACUAUCCCAUUGUAAAAUACAGGUUUUUUUCUUUCAAUGAGGGGUUGACAUUAACAUUUAGGAAUAAGAAAAUUUUAUAAAAACAAAUGGUAAAUUUUAUGGACUAAGGAUUGGUUAGAAAUUAUCUUGGGACUCAAUUUACUUGUGUAGUAAAAAAAUAGGUGGGACCAAUUUUUUUGUGUGGAAUUAAGAUUUAUCUUAAAUACUUUUCAUAAUAUGGGGAUUUAAUUAAAAAUGUUAAUGGCAUGUGGAUUAGAUAAGAAAUAUUGGAAUAUGUUUUAAUUAAUUGUUAGGGUGGAGUAUUAAUUUGAAUCAAAUUUUGCAGGAGGUUUAAUUUGUUUAGGAUCUAGAUUUAUUUACAGAUUUCAGAUGAAACAUUUUCAUGGAAUGUGAAUAUGAUUAUGUUUCUUGUGGUACUAACAUUGUCAUGGUUUUAAGUUUCCCUUGUUUAAGUGUAAAACAUCUUGUUCUAAGAUAUAUAUUCUAAUAUUUCAACCAGUAUAUUUUAAACAUAUUUGUGUUCAUUUUAUAAACAAGUGUUCAGUAAAAAAUGUUAUAGUAGAAUAUAAUCAUGUUUUUACCAUUGUCUUGGGUAUUAAAUUAUGCAUAAUAAAUAUGGGUAUAUUUUUAAAAUUGAUAAAUGCAGGGUAAAUUGGGUUCACCAAAUUUCAAAUAUUUAAAUAACUGUUUAUGUUGUACCUAAUUACUGGAAAGUAAAAUAAAGUAGAAACAUAAAAUAUAUAAAUAAGCCUAGCUUCCCAUUCACAUCUUUGUAAAUUCAUUAUUUCAUUUAUUUAUUGUAAAAUUUCAUUUUCUUCCAAAAUCAUUUUACAUUUUUUAUCUCAUCAAAAACUCUUGAAAGUAACUUUGGUUGUAUUAUUGUAUGGCACUUUACAGUCUGUCAGUCUGUCCUUUUGUCACAUCAGUGUCCAGUCAAAAACUUGAUAAAUAUUUUAAGUGUGCUGUCUUAAAUGUUAGGAAGGAGGAAGGUCAUGGCCACACUCAUAGAUUGUCCCUGUUGAUUUUGAGGUCAUUAAAUUGAAUGUCAAGGUCACAUUGACUCACUAAGUGUAAAGUCCCUGUCCAGUUAAUAAAUGAUUCAUUAAAACUAAAUAGGAACAUUGCCCAUGGCAAGGGGAUGACCCCUAUCAAUUUUGAGGUCAUUUAGUCAAAGGUCAAGGUUUACAGUGACACUUGUGUAAAAUUAUUGUCUCUGAUCAAUAAUUUGUUCUGUUUUGUUUUGUUUUCUUUUAUUUUUAAGUUGAAUGUUAUUAUAUUUCAACAUUAUACAGCUUGCAUAUUGACAUGUGGAGCUCUUGUUCAUCUAUUGUAUUUUAUUUCAUCAUCAAUCAUUAAUUUCGUUUCUUUCAUUAUUUAUUGCAUUCUGAAAAUACAUGUAUCGAUUUUUAUAUUGUCCCUUUUUUUGAAAACUUUCAUUUAUAACUAUUUACAACUUGCAUCUUAAACCUAAUUUUAAUGAUUUUGAUACAAAUUUAUUGCAUCUUGGAAAUAUUGUUCUCUUACGUAUAUCUUAUUAGUUACAUUUCAGUGGUUUAGUGAUGUUUUCAUUUUUAAUCUCAUCUUUUAAAUAUUCUUUCCUCAUUUUACUUACAUUAAGAGAUUUAGCAUUUGUCUAUUUAUUUCCAUUCAAGAACAUCAUUUACUUCAGAUAAGUCAAACUUUGUUUUGUUGCCAUUAUGUGCCAUCUAUAUUUUAUGUUUAUUGCAAGUUUUUCAAGAUUUGUUCCUGUUGGUUUAUACCAUGUACUUUAGUUGUAAAUUAUUCCUUUAGUUGAAGAAACUUGUUCAGAUAUGUACUUUUUUAAGUGUGAAAUAUAAGAAUUUCCAACCUUGUACAAUCAUGUUAUUUUCAUAUUGUUAUAAUCAUGUCUGGUGAAAUUUUAACAAAAAGUCUUGUUAUUUAACACUCAAGAAGAGAAUAUUUUGUUGCUAUACACCUUCCUUAUUUUUGUUUAUUCUUUAUAAGGCGGUUGUACUGUUACCUUAUUUGCCUUCAUCUGACUAUAUCAUGUUUUAUACCAUCAUGCAUCAAAUUUUUAUUGAAUUGUACUGAGAUUGUUUUUAUGAACCAAUUAAUGUUUAAAUUAGAUUUACAAUAUCUGUUGUUUUGAAUUAUGUAAAAUAUUACUUAAAAUUGAAUUUAACGAACAUUUUUUUUACAUUUUAAAAAAAGGGGAGAUCAUUUAAGCUAACUUCAGUAUAUUGUCAGGAUAUUUGAUAUUGUUGAACAUGGAUCCUAAACAUAAUGAUUAUUUUCUCUGAUAUUGUUAAGUUUUUAUGUAUGACCACAACUUACCUCAUAAAGUGCAUUCCAUCAAUUCUGUCUUGAUUAAUUAAUGGCCCAUUAUGCCAUAGAAUCUGAAAUGCUUUUAUUAUUAUAUCUCAAAAGUUAUUUUAUUAUUAUUGGUUUCCUUUUAUAGUUUCUAAAAUGUUAUUCAUUGACCAAAUAACUUUAAACUUCUUUUGCUUCUUUUUUUUUUGGCAAUUAGUACAGUUAAAUAUUUUGUAUGGAAGUCAAAAAACUACUUUGCUUAUAUUUUUGCUACUUUUAUGACAAAUAAUUCCACAUUCUUAGUUACCUUUUUCACAUGAUAAGCAUCUAAAAUGGUCUAAAAAUAGUAUCUAAACAGCAUAAAACUUAUGUUUGUCUAUACCAAAGCAUAAAAGAAUAUUUGUUUCUGGGGCAUAAUGUGCCUUUAAUAUAUCUAAAUGUUAUAAUUAGUGGAAUAAUUAUUGGAAUAAUUGUUUGUGCCAACUUUCUGAAUUAAUUUGAGUGGUGUCGAUAUUGCAUGCAGAGAAUUUCACAGUUAUAUAGUGCUACACAAUGUUUAUAAAGUUGAUCAGAUUCCUUAACCUGCUAAAUUUCUAAGCUUCCAUUUUUAGCUCACCUGUCACAAAGUGACAGGGUGAGCUUUUGUGAUCGCUUUUCGUCCGUCGUCCAUCCGUCCGUAAACUUUUACUUUAAAUGACAUCUCCUCAUAAAUCACAAAGCCAAUUUCAUCCAACCUUCACAGGAAUGUUCCUUUGGUGGUCACCUUUAAAAAUUGUUCAAAGAAUUUAAUUCCAUGCAGAACUCUGGUUGCCAUGGCAACCGAAAGAAAAAACUUUAAAUAUCUUCUUUAAAAAACCCUAAGAGCUAGAGCUUAGAUAUUUGGCAUGAAACAUCUUCUAAUGGGUGUCUACCAAGUUUGUACAAAUAAAAGCCCUGGGGUCAAAAUUGCCCCCCACCAGGGGGUCAUUGAUUUUCCUUAUAUGUAUAUAGCAAAAACUUAAAAAAUCUUCUUUGAAAAAACCCAAAUAGCUACAGUUUAGAUAUUAAGCAUGAAACAUCUUCUAGUGAGUGUCUACAAAGUUUGUUCAAAUAAAAGCCCUGGGGUCAAAAUUGGCCCCGCCCCGGGGGUCAUUGAUUUUCCUUAUAUGUGUAUAGCAAAAACUUAAAACUCUUCUGUGAAAAAACCGAAAUAGCUAAA